UUAUCAUCCUUAUCGCAUAAUAUGAAAUAACUUUUCUUCAAUCUCUUUCUAACACCAAUUUAGUUAAUAAAUUGGCCAUUGUGUGGUGAAUUUGAGCACAACGUGGAUAGCUUCGAUCUGGCAACAUCUUCACAUCAAGAAAGGAUGAAUAAACCUGAUCUAUAUACAACGCAUGCCACUCCCAACAAAAUAGAAUAUUACAGAAGGAUAUUAAAUACAUACCUUCCUAAAAUUCGCCAUGGAAACAACAAAAAUAAAUCGGCGUUAGAUAUCGGGUGCGGUCAAGGCAGAAUCACGCAUGAUAUUAUCCUACCCUACAUAAAGCAAGAGAUCGAUGAAAUAAUUGGAGUUGAUAUUACUGUUCCUAUGAUAGAGCAUGCUCAAAACACUUACGCAAAUGAUCAAAUUAACUUUAAGUUGGCCAACGUAGCACAAUCUGUUCCCGAUGAUUUUGCAGCGCGCUUCGAUUACAUAUUUUCUUUCAUGACACUCCAGUGGAUACUCGAUCAAUGGUCACUAUUUUCCAACAUUUUAAAAAUGUUAAAACCCAACGGAAGUUUUCUUGUGACGUACAUCGCCAAAUCUAAGAUGACUGACAUAUAUAACGAAGUUCGUAAUAUUGAAGUAUAUUCCCCAUAUAUCCCGUACCGCAGAUAUGCGCCGUUUCACAACUCAGAGGACCCCCAACAAGAGCUGACUAGCAUUCUUCGUGAUACAGGAUUUGAAGACAUUCAUUGUGAAGUAAAUCCAGUUCGAUUUGACAAUUACAGUAGGUCGGAAAUAGAAAGUUUCUUUGUUUCAAUACUUCCGUAUUAUGAUUGCAUCCCAAAUCACUUGAAAAAGCAGUUCCUUGCAGAUCAUGCUGACCGAAUGUGUACAGUGACCGGUGCGAAUGGCGAGGAAGAAUAUUACAUAGAGCACAAUAUGUUUAUUGCACAUGGAAGAAGGAUAUAGAACCAAUGUCACUAAAAAUACCACAAUGUCAUCAUUUUGGAUCUACCUACAUUUUUAUUUAUUUAUUUAGAUAACUUGUUCAAUUAUUAUUUACAGGAUAUACAAAAUGCAGUGCGUUCGAGAUAAAAUAUGCAUAUUUAAAAUCUAACAUGUAGUGUGGCAUAUCACAUAGAAAAGACCUACAUAAAUUUGUUCAAUGUGUCGUUUCCACUUGUGUAACACAACAGUUACGCGCAUCCUGACAGCACACGGCAUGGUAGAUUUCAUACCUAAAUUUUCUAAAUAUUGAAUUACGAAUUUUUUAAUUUUGUUAGAAAUCAACCAUAUGCAUAUUUUAUGUUGUGCUCUUUUCAAAUAUCUUAAAAAACACAGGCAUUGCAUUUGAAAAUAAAAAGUUGCAUCCGGUUAAACCGGUAGUGAUACCGGAAGUUUUAAUGAUCGAAUAGAUCGUAACGUUACGAAUAAAAGUAUAUUUGACAAA